GAAAUAUUAGGAGGCGCUGCGGUCGGGUCAUCAUUUUCUGCACGAAGGUUAUUAGAGUAAGCGAGCUACAUUGAACUGCCAAAAUGUCCCUCUUUCGAGCUUCCGUAGGAGCUUGCCGUUAUGUUUUGCCCAGAACUAGGUUACUGGCAUCGCAGGCUGUUCAGUCUAGAACAUACGCCGACGGUCAGAUGCCGCUCACAUUCGCAUCGCCGGCAGAGACUUUCUACGAUAAAGUUGACGUGAAGCAAGUGGACGUGCCGUCGUACAGCGGAAACUUCGGUAUCCUACCGAACCAUGUACCCGCCUUGGCCGUGAUCAAGCCGGGAGUUGUCACAGUGUUCCCCAAGGACGGCGAGGCCAAGAAAUAUUUCGUGAGCAGUGGAACCAUCUCCAUCAAUGAGGAUUCCUCUGUGCAAGUACUGGCUGAAGCUGCAGUUCCAGUUGAUCGCCUAGACCCACAGCUGUGCAGGGAUGGCCUUACCAAGGCCCAGCAAGCUCUUCAAUCUGCAUCCAGCGACACUGCGAGAGCAGAGGCACAAAUCGAAGUAGAAGUUCAUGAAGCGCUGGUCAAGGCACUGGAGUAGAUCACUGCUGCAAUUUAAUGACAGUAGCACCUGCACCAACAACUUUGAGAGUUAACAAUAAACUGAGCUGUUCCAUAAUGAUCA